AUGUGUAUACCUUGCAAAUAUGCAAUGUGUGUUCUAGACGACAAUGCGCAAAGUCUUGUGAAGUAUGUAUCUGGCUAUUACUAUGCAAAUGUUAUGAAAGAUACAUAUAAGGAAAACAUGAAACCAGUGAAUGGUGAGAAGCUGUGGAUCAAAACAUGGAAAACUCCUGUUGGAAUUCCUGGGUUUCGCAAGCCGAGAGGGAGACCUAAAAACCGUGACAGAAAAAAGGAGCCUUUUGAAGAUCUGAAAAAUUCAGGAAAAGCAACUAGGCAUGGGAGAACACCUCAUUAUAGUAACUGUCUUAAGAUGGGACACAUUAAAAGCGGCUGUAAGAAUGAGAAGGUACCAAACCGUCCUACGAAGCCAAGAAAGAGGAAAACUCCACCUGUUAGCAGCUCUCAACCAGUACCGCCCACUGAAUCUUCACAACCAGUACCGCUCAAUGAAUCCUCUCAACCUCUACAGCCCAGUGAAUCAAAGUCUUCAUAUCCUGCUACAUCUAGUGCACCUGAGCCAACAACCUCAUCAACCCAACCAAUACCACAAGAGAAGAAGCCAAAACGUGGCCGGCCUUUGAAGAUUACAAAAACAGGUCCAAUUCCUCGAGGUUUUGGAUCUUUGUGGUGUCCAUACACGGAUUGA